AAAUAUACUUCCUUUCCGUUUCCAUAUACUAUCAUUUUUGAAUGGCUGAAGAAAUCGAACAAUUAAAGGCACUUGGCGUCGCAACCAUUGGUGAUCUGCAAAUCGGUCAAGAAGGCGAUGUCUACGCUGUUGUCCAACAAUCGAGACCGGUAAAAGCCACGAGGGGACCUGAUUAUUCACUCGUUGUAAACAUUACAGAUCCUUCGCUUGGUUGGAAAACGAAAGGAAUGGGCAUCAACAUGUUCUACCCUGACCCCGAGGCUUUUCCGUCAGGAACCAGCGAAGGCGAUAUUGUAGUAUUUAAAAAAGUGGAUAUCAAGGGCUACAACAGUACAAAACAAGGUGUUACACACAAGUUCAAAUCUUCGUGGACCUUCUUUGAUCAAAAAACGCUCACUCCACGACUAACACCAAAUAUGGACAAACGGUGUAUUCUGGAUGAGAAUGACGAAGAAAUUGUGCGUAUCUUGCAUAAAUGGCAGCGCAUGGUUAGGGCCGAUGACGGAGAUUAUUUGAUGGAUCUCGAUGAGCAACAGCUGGAAGCAGCAAUAGCAGCAGGAAACCACACCAACACCAAUGAAGCGGCAGAUCCAGAGAACCCACCUACUAUGUAUGGUGGCAAGCGUCCGAUUCUGACAACAGCACAGAUUGCCAAUCAUAACUCCUUUCUCGAUUAUAUCGGCAUGGUUGUUGCUUGGGAUCGCAAACUAGAUCGUGUCGAAUUGCUACUGACGGAUUUCACUGAAAAUAAAAGACACAUGGAUGGAUUUAAUGCGGUCGGAACGGUCGAUCCAAAAUUAUUGAUACAAGGCACCUUAUGGGACGAGCAUGCCAGAGGAUGUCCCGAGCUAAAUCAAUAUGAUAUUGUACGCAUGCGCAACCUUUUCCCCAAGACAAGCAAGCACGGUUAUUUGGAGAUUGUGCUACGAGGUGAAAAGAACGCGCCAGCAGGAUUCGGUAAAUGCAAGAUUGAAAAGUUCAAUGACCCUAACCACCCAUAUGUUCGAGCUAUAGAACUGAGAAAAGCUAAAUUCUUCAAACGACAAAGUCCAACGUCAAAUAAGAACAUAAGCGUCGUACCACAAAACGUGGUAACUGUGCUUUCAGAUAAUAUCAGAAAAGUCAGCGAUAUCGACGACAUCCUACAAGAUGCAACUCCCGUCCAAAAAUACAGAAUUCGCGCACAUGUUGUGGACUAUAGGCCACAUGAUCUCAACAAAUGGGUGCAUAAAAUAUGCGAUGACUGUCAACGGACCUCUCCAUACACUGCAAGUAGUUGCCAAUACUGUGGUGUGCCUGUUAAUCGAUACGGCUACAAAGCUGCGUUCUUAGCUGAGGAUGCAGAUGAAAAACAAAUCUUCUUGCUGAUCUAUGGCGACGAUCCCGUGAGUUUCAUUCUUCCUUGUCAGUAUAUGGGCUUUGGCUAACUGAUUAUAACUAGGAAAAUACCCUUUUCAAGGGCUUUCCUCCAUCAGAGCCCACAGAAAUGUACAUCAAAGGCCUGACCAAGCGACUACUGCAAAUCUGUCCAGACAGCAAUGAUCACAAGACAUGGGUCGAUCUCGGUGUCGCAUCAUACCGUAUUGAUGGGCCCCAGCACCGUUAUCAGAUAUAUAAAACCCAAUUCCAAAUAAUGGAUUAAAAAUGAGAACUUUUUUUACUA